AUGGGUCCCAGUAACGCCCAGAAGAAAGCCUUGGCGAAAGCCAAGCGCGGCAUCGUGUCAUCCGGAGCGAUGAGCUCUAAGAGCGGCUUCGACCCAGCGCAAGUAAAACCAAAAGAGCUCCCGUGUCCGCACUGCGAUCGGAUAUUCAAGCAACAGGACAGACUGAAACAGCACAUCGCGAAGCAGCACGCCGAUGUCGUGGCCGAACAGAGCGGUUCGGAGUCCGUGGUGGGCGAUGGGAAGACAACAAAGGUGAGCGCGAAGGCGGCGCUCAUCAUCGCGGAGCGCGAAAAAUUCAAGGAGGAAGCGGCGAAGGAACGCGCCGCGAAUCCCGACUCCAAGGUCGCCACGCCGUUUGCAAGAAUGAGCUGUAAGCUCCCGAGCACAAUCUUACGCGAGUUUGUGCAAAAACAGAAGGAGUAUAAGGCUCCCGUGUUUCGUGCGAAGGAAGAAAAGCUCGACGGCGAAUCGACGUGGACGUGCAAACUCGUUUUAAGAGACAAGCACAAGCCCGACAAGGACAAGGUGUUCUUCUGGAACGAAAAGUGCGAGACGAAAUUAGAGGCUGAGCAUAGAGUCGCGGUGGUGGCGCUGGCGAAAAUUGCCAACACGCUACCUUUGCAGCGCCUGUUGCCGAAUCAAUACAAGGAGACCUUCACACAAUGCGAAGAGAUGGAAAAAAAGAAAGUGGAGGAUGCGAAGAAGCGAGCGGCGAGAGAGGAGCAACGCAUCGCCCGAAUGAAACGACUUGCAAAGCAGGAGAUGGCACAAGUCUUGACUAUGAGUGAGGAAAAGCGAGCACUCGUGGAAUCCAUACUCAAAGAAGAUUACGAGUCCGCGUCUGACGAAGACGAAGACGAAGACGAAGACAUGCAGCUCGAAGAAGACGUUGAGAUAGCUGGGGUGAACGCGUUGUGUGACAAAUUGGAAAGCUUAGGGUUCGGGCGCGAAGACGCACUGGCGGCAUCGAAAGCGACGAAAUCGAAAGACAUCGCCGCGCUGGAUGGCGCGAUUAGCUGGUUGUGCGUUCACGUGCCCGACUACAGGCUACCCACGGUGUACGCUCCUAAAUCGCUCAACGAGGGUGGAGUGGUGUUACUCAGUAAAACCAAACCCGCUCAACCCGUGGAGAUCGAUUCGAGGCCGUCGAGCGAGGAUGCGGCCUGGCUCUGGGAGCGCGGUUACGCGGCGACGGCGUGCGACGACGCAUUGCGCGCGCACUCCAGUCGAGAGGAAGCGCACGCUCACUUAUUCGGCCAAGUUCUCGCUGGAAUUUCGAAAUCGUACGAGGCGUGGCCGACCCACGAUUCUGAUGCAAACGACGAAGACUGGGAAGACGAAUUGACGGCGAUAGAAGCCAUUUGCGGCGAAGACACGGUUGAGCGCUUACCCGCCGGCGUUCGCGUCGCAAUCGAUACAUCCGCCGGCGUGAAGGGAUAUCUCGAAGUGUACCGCCUCAAAAACGGUGGCUAUCCAGCGAUUGAACCGCCUCUGAUUGCAUUUCAUGCGCACGGUGAACUUCGAGCUGAGUUUUUCGGCGCGACUCGAGCGCUUGCGAAGCUCGCCAUUGAUGGAUGCGGCGCGCCUUGCGUGUACACUAUGAUAGAGGCUGCCGGAAGCUUGGUGGAGAAAGUCGCGAAAACACAUUCGUCGUUGCAAACUAUCAGCGCUGCGGAUGCAUCGAAUCGGCCACCCGUACCGAAGCCACGAGUGCCGAACGUCGCCCCAAAUCGCGCCGCGACGCCAUCUCUGGCGGCGGCGGAGUCGAAACGACAGAACACAAAACGCCCGCAUCGAGGGCUUUCCGAGAGCGAUAUCGUGUCUGAGAAUCGAAGGUUGCUCGAUGCUUUCAACGCAUACCUUGAGUCGGCAAAAUCCGGCAAAGGUGAAGCGUAUGCGAUGAUGAACGUGCGUUUGAAUUUGCCGGCGAGCGGAAGUCGAGAAGAAGUGACUCGAGCCGUGAACAAAUCAUCUGUGGUUGUCCUGAGCGGCGAGACUGGUUGCGGCAAGUCAACGCAAGUGCCUCAGUUCAUACUUGAAUCUGAAAUCGCCGCGGGCCGUGGCGGUGAGACUAACAUCAUCGUCACUCAGCCACGUCGAAUUUCCGCCAUCGGCCUCGCCGAACGAGUCGCGGCGGAGCGCUGUGAGAGGUGCGGUGACGUCGUCGGCUACUCCGUUCGACUCGAAUCCAAGCAAUCGUCGAAAACGCGACUUCUUUUCUGCACGACUGGUGUUCUGCUUAGAAGAUUGCUUUCCGAUCCCUUGCUCGCGAACACGACGCACGUUAUUCUUGACGAAGUUCACGAACGUUCAGUCGACUCCGACUUGUUGCUGCUGCUCCUGCGAAGAGUCAUAGCAAAGAACCCGAAAAUACGAAUCGUACUUAUGUCCGCCACCGCGGAUGCGGACCUGUUCGAUGACUAUUUCAAGCAUCCAUCCGCAAUCGCCGCGGUAAGCGGCGUGUCGACGACGCAAGUCCACAUAGCCGGCUUCACGCAUCCCGUUCGCGAAUACUUCUUAGAAGACGUAUUCGAAAUGACUGGUCAUACGGUCGGCAAGGGUGGACCAUACGCGAAGCGCAAGCAAAUCAAACGCGUGAAGUCAAACGCAGAAGUUGAGACGCUUUUAGCCGAAAAAGCUGCGCAACGUAAGGCUGAGCGCGCCGCUCUCGGGCUGGACAAAGGUGGCUCGGACGACGACGACGACGACGACGACGACGACGACGACGACGGCAUCGACGACGUUCCUGACGAUUGGGAUUUAGCUGACGAUGAACGCGCGUAUGAGGUAAAACGUGCGCCAGACGUUGAAGACCAAUUCGGCGAGACACCUGCGAUGACACCCACGCAAAUCGAGGAGGAACGUCGACGAGCGGACUUGCUGUCUGAGGCGUCGAGAGCGUUGAAUGGGUACUCUGUCCCGACUCAAAGAAGUAUUCAAAACGUCGACGAAACCAUCAUCAACUAUGACGCCAUCGAGCAGCUCGUUGGUGCAAUUAUUCAAACAGAGCUUGAAAACGGUCCGAGUGCGCUAGUUCCACCGCCCAUUGCGGGAACAAACCCGAAAGAUGUCGGCCUCGGCGCGAUCCUCAUUUUCAUGCCGGGUCAAUUUGAAAUUUUGCGGUUGAUUCGCAAACUCGAGCAAUCACGCCUUUUAGAGGCGGAUGACGUCGGUGCGCUCCGCAUUCUACCGCUUUACGGCUCGCUGUCCUCCAAAGAUCAGAAGCGUAUAUUCGAACGUCCGCCAGAUGGAGUGCGGAAAAUCGUCGUGGCGACCAACAUUGCGGAGACAUCCGUGACGAUUGACGACGUGCGGUAUGUCAUCGAUACGGGACGUGCUAAAGAGAUGCAGUACGAUACGUUGCGCGGGUUAUCAGUGCUUGCAGACACUUGGGUCUCGCAGGCGGCGGCGAAGCAGCGGCGAGGUCGUUCUGGUCGCACGGCGCCGGGCGCGCGGUUCGCCAUGUUUUCGCGAGCGCAGUUCGCGAACAUGUUGCCUCAGCAACCGCCCGAAAUGCUUCGAACGCCGCUUCAGCAGUUGUGUUUGUCCAUCAAGGCUAUGAGCGAACAACCAGUCGCGCAGACGCUCGGCGCCGCUUUGACACCGCCUGAUACUCGCGCAAUUCACGCCGCACUUGACGAGCUUUGCGCGUUGCGAGCAUUCGACGCCGAUGAACGUUUGACGCCGCUCGGACGUCACUUGGCGCAGAUGCCUGUCGACGCUCGUAUAGGUAAAAUGCUUUUGUUUGGCGCGUUGUUGGGCUGUCUCGAUCCUAUUCUCACGAUCGCCGGAGCGAUGAGCGGUAGACCGUUGUUCUUCUCGCCGAAGGAUAAUCGCGACGCUGCGGACAAGGCGAAGCGAAGUCUUUCCGCGACAAAAUCGGACCACCUGACCAUGGUUGCGGCGUAUAAGGGAUGGGCAAAGGCAAAGGCGCGAGGAAAGCCGUUCGAACGACGGUAUUGCGAGGAAUACUUUUUGAGUUCGCAAGCGCUUGAGGCGGUACAUGCGAGUCGGCUUGACUACGCGACGAUUCUCGCCGAUUUAGGUUUCGUGAGGCGCGAGUACAUCAACAACAUGCGCCGUUUCGGAACGGGAGGAACGGAGGCUGAUUCAAACAGCGAAACUGCCCGCGUGAUUAAAGGCGCGCUCGUCGCUGGCUUCUACCCUCAUGUCGUUCGAGUGAAGCAUCCAGAGACCAAGUACGCGCAGACGACAUCCGGGGCCGUGGCGAAGGCUGCGAACAGUCGCGAGCUGAAAUACUACUCGAAGGACCUUGGGCGCGUGUUCUUACACCCGGCAUCGGUAAACUUUCACUGUGGGAAGUUCGAGAGCCGAUGGAUCGUAUACAGCGAACGCGUCGAGACGGCAAAAGUGUACAUUCGCGACAACACCAUGGUCGGUUCGUAUUCGCUUCUACUUUUUGGCGGCGAUAUCGCUGUCCACCACGAGCAAGGUCUCGUUCGCGUCGACGAUUGGGCGACGUUCGCAGCGCCCGCAAAAAUCGGCGUUCUCGUGAAAGCACUGCGCGCCAAGGUUGACGAACUGCUUCUCGCUCGCAUCAACCAUCCGUCGGCGACGCUCGCGUCGACGCCCGUGGUGCGAGCGUUAUUAUCCCUUCUGGAGUCAGAAGGGCAUUGA